GCUUCUUUCAGCAGCAGCAACAGUUAGUCCGCCACCUCGGUAGCUUGCUAGACAAAAUAGCCGAACCCAUAAAGCUCUUUAGACGCUUUAGUGUAUAUAAGCCACUGUGUUUUAAACCCUAUUCUGUCGUCUAGUUAGUUAGUUAUCCUAUUUCAUUUCAUAUUUACGGUGUUGUUAUUAUUCAGCUGGCGGGCUGGUUAAGUUAGCAUUAGCCUAGCUAGCUAACAUCUCCGACCAUGAGUUCACUAAAUUACUCUCUUCCUGCUGAAGAAGAGACGGUCUGUUGGACGGAGAAAGAAGGUCUCAUCAAAGAGGAGGAGGAAGAGAAGGAUGUUACAAUACAAAAACAAGUAGAGGGUGAGGUUGUUACAUGGAAAGAAGAAGAGAAAGACGUUUCAGUGAAAGAAGAGGAAGACGCGUUCAGAGUGAAAGAGGAGGAGGAUGUUACAGUAAAAGAUGAGGAGGAUUCAGUUUUUGAAGUGAAAGCGGAGGAUGGGGAGUUUACGGUCUCAUCGGAAGAAGAGGAUGAAGAGACUGGAUAUCUGGGCCCGAUUUCCCAAACACAAUUUAAGGCAUCCAGUGGUUCUAAAGAUGAACUUAGCCAUAAGAUGGUUUUGAGAAACCGGGCCGUGAUUACCACUGGAGAGAUACAGGACUAUCGUGGAUCCUCUGGGGAGCCUCAACAACCUCAUGAUGCUGACGAGGCAGAGAAGAGUCUCUCCAGAUCAGAACGCCUCAAUAAACACCAGCAGAGAUCCACAGGGAAGAGAACUCACUGCUGCUCUGACUGUGGGAAGAGAUUCACUUCAUCAGGCAUUACAAUUCAUCAAAGGAUCCACACAGGAGAGAAAUCUAAUAGCUGUGAUCAAUGUGGGAAGAGUUUUGGUCGAUCUUGCAAUCUGACUCAACACCAGAGAAUGCACACAGGAGAGAAAUCUUAUAGCUGUGAUCAAUGUGGGAAAAGUUUUGGUCAAUCUUGCAAUCUGACUCGACACCAGAGAACACACACAGGAGAGAAAUCUUAUAGCUGUGAUCAAUGUGGGAAGAGUUUUACUACAUCUGGCUAUCUGACAGUGCACCAGAGAACACACACAGGAGAGAAAUCUUAUAGCUGUGAUCAAUGUGGGAAGAGUUUUACUACAUCUGGCUAUCUGACAGUGCACCUGAGAACACACACAGGAGAGAAACCUUUUAGCUGUGAUCAAUGUGGGAUGAGUUUUACUACAUCAAGCUCUCUGACUAUACACCAGAGAACACACACAGGAGAGAAAUCUUAUAGCUGUGGUCAAUGUGGGAAGAGUUUUGUUAGAUCUGACCAGCUCACAGUACACCAGAGAAUACACACAGGAGAUAAGCCUUAUAGUUGUAAUCAUUGUGGGAAGAGUUUUACUACAUCUGGCACUCUGACUGAACACCAGAGAACACACACAGGAGAGAAACCUUUUAGCUGUGAUCAAUGUGGGAUGAGUUUUGUCCAAUCUGGAGAUCUGACAGUGCACCGGAGAACACACACAGGAGAGAAACCUUAUAGCUGUAAUCAAUGUGGGAAGAGUUUUACUACAACUUGUUCUCUGACUGUACACCAGAGAACACACACAGGAGAGAAACCUUUUAGCUGUGAUCAAUGUGGGAGGAGUUUUACUACAUCAAGCUCUCUGACUAUACACCAGAGAACACACACAGGAGAGAAAUCUUAUAGUUGUAAUCAUUGUGAGAAGAGUUUUCCUACAUCUAGCCAGCUGACUGUACACCAGAGAACACACACAGGAGAGAAACCUUUUAGCUGUGAUCAAUGUGGGAUGAGUUUUACUACAUCAAGUCAUCUGAUUCGACACCAGAGAACACACACAGGAGAGAAACCUUAUAACUGUGGUCAAUGUGACAAGAGAUACUCUGAUAAAAGAUCUCUGAUCAAACAUCAGAAAAUACAUACAUGAAGAAGUUGUUUCAUGAUAUCCAUGAAAUGAUGUCACAAUGUAGAAUGUUUUAACUUUGUAGUGGGAGUAUUUUAAUGAUGUCACAAUGUAGAAUGUUUUAACAUUGUAGUAGGAGUAUUUUAAUGAUGUUUGCCCUGUUCAAUUGAUUGCAGCAUGAUAUGGAUAUUAGCCUCAAGGGAAAAUCCAGGCUCUGAAUUGAAAGAGUAUUAUUUAACAAAAAGUGACAAACAAAAAAAAGAGCUGUGUUACACUUACUGUAUUGGUGACCCACUUUAAUCAAAAUGCAGCACUUCAAAAUGUAGCUAGCUGUUUUCUACAAGUUGAAAAAGCUGCUUGUUGUUGCAGAUGUUUGUGUAUAUAUACACACAUGAAAGCAGUAUAAUAAAUUGGUCUAUAAUCAAUGUUAUUAACAAUCUGACAUCACUCCAAGUGUCUGCUCAAACAGUCAGAAACAGACUCCAUGAGGGUGGUAUGAGGGCCUGACGUCCACAGGUGGGGGUUGUGCUUACAGCCCAGCACCGUGCAGGACGUUUGGCAUUUGCCAGAGAACACCAAGGUUGGCAAAUUCGCCACUGGCACCCUGUGCUCUUCACAGAUGAAAGCAGGUUCACACUGAGCACAUGAGCACAUGUGACAGAGUCUGGAGACGCCGUGGAGACGUUCUGCUGCCUGCAACAUCCUCCAGCAUGACCGGUUUGGCGGUGGGUCAGUCAUGGUGUGGGGUGGCAUUUCUUUGUGGGGCCGCACAGCCCUCCAUUUGCUCGCCAGAGGUAGCCUGACUGCCAUUAGGUACCGAGAUGAGAUCCUCAGACCCCUUGUGAGACCAUAUGCUGACACAUGCACAUUUGUGGCCUGCUGGAGGUCAUUUUGCAGGGCUCUGGCAGUGCACCUCCAUGCACAAAGGCGGAGGUAGCGGUCCUGCUGCUGGGUUGUUGCCCUCCUACGGCCUCCUCCACGUCUCCUGAUGUACUGGCCUGUCUCCUGGUAGCGCUUCCAUGCUCUGGACACUACGCUGACAGACACAGCAAACCUUUUAGCCACAGCUCGCAUUGAUGUGCCAUCCUGGAUGAACUGCACUACCUGAGCCACUUGUGUGGGUUGUAGACUCCGUCUCAUGCUACCACUAGAGUGAGAGCACCGCCAGCAUUCAAAAGUGACCAAAACAUCAGCCAGGAAGCAUAGAAACUGAAAAGUGGUCUGUGGUCACCACCUGCAGAAUCACUCCUUUUUUGGGGGUGUCUUGCUAAUUGCCUAUAAUUUCCACCUUUUGUCUAUUCCAUUUGCACAACAGCAUGUGAAAUUUAUUGUCAAUCAGUGUUGCUUCCUAAGUGGACAGUUUGAUUUCACAGAAGUGUGAUUGACUUGGAGUUACAUUGUGUUGUUUAAGUGUUCCCUUUAUUUUUGGAGCAGUGUAUGUUUUAAUGCUUGUAAGACUAUUCUUUGACACAUUUUCUCUUCCUUUGAAAUUCUUAUAGGACAGAACAUGGACACAAUGCAAUUGGGAUCAAGAAGAAGAUCUUGUCAGAAAUGAAUCAAGUCCAUGGAAUGGAUAUAGACAAAAAGAUAAUUCAAGGACUAGCAGAGGUGGAGAGGCGAGGAAGGGGACUGGAGACCACAGCAGUGAUCCUGCUCUUGCCCUACCUCUUCAAUGAGGGCCUUUAUGUCCGUGACAAGAUUUCACCGCCCUUCACUCCUUUACUGCACAUCGGCUGAAAUCCAUUUCACCAUGAGAGUGAAAUCCCGCUGGCCUUUGAUGGGGGAGAACAUCCACGCCCUCGAGGACGUCCCCAUGGGACUUGGGGCUCUGCUAGGGCUGUAUUUUUUAUUUUCCAUUCAAGUUCCCAAAAAUGUCAGAAAAACACUUAUGUUAAGUUACUGUGUUCUGGGGAUAAGAGAAGUUGGGGUGAAGUUACCAGGGCCGGUCAUAAAGAUGGCAAACUUCCUAACAUAAUUAAGUGGAUACGAUAUACACACUAAAGCUGAAAAAUCUGUAUUUAGCAUCAAGUCUACAAUAUUGUUAGUUUACCUAUGAUUCAUUUUUAAUGUAUGUUGUUUUUAUUGUACAUCACUAUUUUAUAUAUUUUAAAUGUCAUGAAAAGCACUAUACAAAGUAAAUGUAUUAUUUAUUAUGGUCUGACAUGUCUGCAGAAAUGUUGCAAUUUUGUAAUGUGUUUUAUUUGGUAAAUUGUUUUGCAAAUAUUAAUUCACAUUUGUGGUGCCACUAAAUAAACAAUGAAUUAUUUAAA